CGUGCAGCUUCAGAGAGGCCAGGGACAUUUGGGAGCACCAUGGCCAGAAGGACGGCGUGCACGUACCUCCGGGGGGUCGUCCUACUCGCCCUGUGGAGGCCGGCGCUGCAAGGAGGUGUGUUGGUACCUGCUGGGGGAGCAGCUGGAAAAGGCGCCAGUGCUGCAACUGGAUUUGGACCGGGUGGCGCAGGAACUGGAUAUGGACCGGGUGGUGCAGGAACCGGAUUUGGACCGGUUGGCGCAGGAACUGGAUAUGGACCGGGUGGCGCAGGAACUGGAUUUGGACCGGGUGGUGCCGGUACAGGAUUUGGUCCUGGAGCAGGAGGGGCCGGCCCUGGACAAGGAGUUGCGGGAGGUGGCUUCGGUGGUCAGGCACCAGGAGGUUUCAGGCCCGGCACCUAUGGUCCAGGCAGUGGUGGACCUGGAGGAUUUGGUGCUGGUGUCAAGCCUCCGAAAACAGGUGGUGCCUAUGGUGGUCAAGGCUUCGGUACAGGACAGGGAACUGGAGGUGGAGGUGGAGCUGUGCCAGGUGGUUUUGGCAGCUAUGGAACUGGGCCUGGGGGAGCUCCAGCUGCUGGUUUUGGUCCAGGAGGUCAAGGCACAGGUGCUGGUGUCAAACCUGGGAAGUCAGGGUAUGGAGGCUUUGGGGCAGGGGGCACAGGUGGAGCAUUUGGAACCCAAGGAACUGGGGCCAACAGAGGUCAAGGUGCUGGAACAGGUCUCGUACCUGGAGGUGGCUUUGGAGGAGGUUACGGUCCAGCCAGUGGGAAUCAAGUUCCAGGAAGUGGUGGAAUAGGACCCAAACCCCCAAAGACUGGUUAUAGCUCAGGAGGGACAGGAUUUGGACCUGGUGGUGGAGCAGCUGGUCCUGGUGCGACAGGAUACGGGCCUGGUGGAGCAGGAUAUGGGCCUGGUGGAGCAGGAUAUGGGCCUGGGGGUGCAGGAGUUGGGCCUGGGGGAGCAGGAGUUGGUCCUGGUGCAACAGGUUUUGGGCCUGGAGGUGCAGGAUUCGGGCCAGGUGGAGCAGGAGUCGGGCCCGGGGGUGCAGGGUAUGGGCCUGGAGGUGCAGGAUUCGGGCCAGGUGGAGCAGGAGUCGGGCCCGGGGGUGCAGGGUAUGGGCCUGGAGGUGCAGGAUUCGGGCCAGGUGGAGCAGGAGUCGGGCCUGGUGGCGUAAAUACAUUUUUGCCACAAGGUGGUGCUGCAGGGAUGGGACCAGGUGGGAAGAGUAGCGGCAAAUCAUCAAAACAACUUCCAGGUGUCGGGGUUCCUGGACUCUAUCAAGGGGGAUUUGUACCAAGUCAAGACUUUGGAGGACGUGGUGUUCUCCCUGGAGUGGCAACUGGUUCUGGACUUGGGUCUCAGGCAGGUGCCAGAGUACUCGGCCAGGGCGGUGCCGGUCAAGGAAGCGACAAUGGUCGAGGACAGCAAUUGCCAGGGAUUUUUCGUGGGUACCCUCUGAUAUCUCCAAAGUCAGGAACAGGGAAGUCGAAGAGCCCGGCCAAAGCUGCAGCUAAAUAUGGUGGCGCUGGAGGAGGUGCGCUUGGUCAAGGUGGCAAUUUAGGAGUUGGCACUGGGGGACUCCCUGGUGGAGGGCUAGGUUUUCCUGGCUUUGGAGGUGGAGCUGGAACAGCAGGUGGACCUGGAGCGGUUCCUGGAUAUGGGGGCGGAACUGGAACGGCUGGCGGACCUGGAGCGGUUCCUGGAUAUGGGGGCGGAACUGGAACGGCUGGCGGACCUGGAGCGGUUCCUGGAUAUGGCGGCGGAGCUGGAACAGCAGGUGGACCUGGAGCUGUUCCUGGAUAUGGCGGUGGAGCUGGAACAGCAGGUGGACCUGGAGCUGUUCCUGGAUAUGGUGGUGGAGCUGGAACAGCAGGUGGACCUGGAGCUGUUCCUGGAUAUGGCGGUGGAGCUGGAACAGGUUAUGGUCCUGGAUCAGCCAAAGCACGCAAAUAUGGUCAGCCUGGUGGUGCCAACACUGGUACGACUGGAGGGUUUGGUGUACCGGGAGGAAGUGCUGGUGUUAACACAGGAGUUCCCGGAUACGGUCAAGGUGGUGCGGUCACUGGUCCAGGAUAUGGUCCAGGUGGUGCCGGAAGUGGUCCUGUAGGAGGUGGUUACGGACCAGGUAGUACUGGCGCUGGACUAGGCGGAGCUGGGACAGGAAUAGGAUCUGGAGGUUAUGAUGCCAAUGCCAAAGCUCGCAAAUACGGCAUGUACAGUGGAGCACUUGGAAGUCAAGGAAUAAGUACUGGAGGACAAGGUCCUGGUGGUGCUGGUACAGGCUUUAGACCAGGAGGCGGAGGUGGACCUGGAGGUGUUGGCACAGGUUAUGGCCCAGGAGGAGUGGGGCCUAAUGGUGUUGGAACAGGAUUUGGACCAGGAGGAGUCGGACAAGGAAGUGCAGGAAAAAGCUACGGACAAAGUGGAGUUGGAGCUGGUGGUGCUGGCACAGGCUAUGGACCUGGGGGAGUAAGGCCUGGUGGUGCUGGGACAGGGUUUGGACCAGGAGGAGUCGGACAAGGUGGUGCAAGUAAAAGCUAUGGACCAGGUGGAAUUGGAACUGGUGGUGCCGGCACAGGCUAUGGACCAGGCGGAGUAAGGCCUGGUGGUGCAGGUACAAGCUUUGGACCUGGAGGCGUCGGACCCGGUGGUGCUGGCACAGGUUAUGGACCAGGAGGAGCAGUUGCACCGGGUGGUACUAACACAGGUUAUGGACCGGGGGGAGUAAGGCCGGGCGGUGUUGGUACAGGGUUUGGACCAGGAGGAGUCGCACCUGGCGGUGCCGGAAAAAGCUAUGGACCAGGAGGAGCCGUUGGACCUGGUGGUGCAGGCACAGGUUAUGGACCAGGAGCAGUUGGACCUGGUGGUGCUGGUGCUGGUUUUGGACCUGGCAGGGGAUUUGUGCCUGGCGGUGCAGGUACCGGCUAUGGACCAGGAGCAGGUGCUGGGCCUGGAGGUGCUGGCACUGGAUUUGGACCAGGAGCAGGAGUUGGGCCUGGAAGUGCUGGCACUGGAUUUGGACCAGGAGCAGGAGUUGGGCCUGGAGGUGCUGGCACUGGAUUUGGACCAGGAGCAGGAGUUGGGCCUGGAGGUGCAGGAUAUGGACCCGGAGGUUAUGCUGGUGCCAAGGCUCGCAAAUAUGGUCUUCCUGGGGGAACCAAGGGUGCAGGAGGACUUGGUGUUGGAACUGGACCAAGUUCUGGCCUAGGAGUGGGAGGAGGGUUCCAAGGACAAGGUCCUGGACAAACAGCUGGACGAGGAGCCGGUGCAGGACAAGGGGCAGGUGGAUUGCCUGGUUCUAGUGUUGGAACUGGAAGAGGACCUGGUGGGUUUGGACAGGGUAGCACAGGAGCUUCUCCUGGUGGGGCCAAGUCUCAAAAAUACGGGCUUCCUGGUGGCAGUGGAACUCCUGUGUCGGGUCAAGAUGGAAGAGUAGGUGGCACUGCAGGGACUGGAGGAGCACUGGGGACUGGUGGAAACGGAUAUGGACCUGGGGUUGCGCCUGGUGCAGGUUUUGGACAAGGCGGAGGCUACAGUGCAGGGACAGGAACUGGAUAUGGACCAGGUUAUGGAGCUGGAGAAAAGGCUGCCACAUACGGUCAAGGUGGGGCCGGUGGUGGGGCAGGAGCAGCACAAGGAGGCUUUGGAACGGGAGGUUUUGGAACAGGCACAGCAGGUCAAGGUUAUGGCACAGCAGGAUCCAAGGCUGACAAAUACGGUCUACCUGGUGGAGUGUCACCUGGAGCAGGAGCCGGUACCAGUGCUCCAGUCAACGGCACUGGCGUUUACACGAACGGAACCCACGCCAGGGGUGGUGCUCGCACAACAACCAGACCUGGUGGACGUGAUGCUGCACGAGGCACGCUAGCGCCGUUACCAGCAGGUGGACGCGGUGCUGAAGUGGGAAAGGAUGGAAAAGACAUUGAUGGAGGUGAGGGUGGUCCCGGCGGUGUGAUUGAGGGGUCUGGCAUUGCUGCAGGAGAAGGGGGAUUUGGAGGAAGACCAUUUGGCGCUGGAACUGAUGGAGAUGGUCUGAAGGGAACAGGAAUUCCCAUCCUUGGAGCAAGACCAGGUAUCGGUGGGACUCCACUUCCAGGUUCCACAGGAGCUGCACCUGGUGGUGGAAGAGCUGUCCAACCAACCGGUGGAAUCGGCGUACUGCCUGGUGCCAAACCUCUCAAACCUCCAGGAGUCCCAAGAGGGGAUACACCAGGUGAAGGAGAGGGAGAAGCGGGUCCUUUUGGAGACAGAUUUGGCACAGGAGGAAGACUGACAGGAGUAGAAAGUACUCCUUCCAGUGCAGGAGCGGUAGGAGGAGUUUCAGGUGGUGUGAGAGGAACUGGAAGAGGAGGUGGCCCUGCAACUGGAACUGGAGUUGGACCAGGUGGCACAACUGCAGCAGUAGGAGGAACACUAAAACCCUCCAAAGCAUACAACCCCGAUGGCACUAAAGUUGGAGCUUCACCUGGUGGAGUAGGGGGUGGCACUGCAGUAUUUGGAGGAGGUCCAGGAGGAGUUGGUUUCGGUCCUGGUGCAGUUGGAGGAGGCCAAGGAGGAGUUGGAUUUGGGCCUGGUGCAGUUGGAGGAGGCCAAGGAGGAGUUGGUUUCGGUCCUGGUGCAGUUGGAGGAGGCCAAGGAGGAGUUGGAUUUGGGCCUGGUGCAGUUGGAGGAGGCCAAGGAGGAGUUGGUUUCGGUCCUGGUGCAGCUGGAGGAGGCCAAGGAGGAGUUGGUUUCGGUCCUGGUGCAGCUGGAGGAGGCCAAGGAGGAGUUGGUUUCGGUCCUGGUGCAGUUGGAGGAGGCCAAGGAGGAGUUGGAUUUGGGCCUGGUGCAGCUGGAGGAGGUCCGGGAGGAGUUGGAUUUGGGCCUGGUGCCGUUGGAGGAGGUCAAGGAGGACUUGGGGUUGGCCCUGGUGGCAUGGUGCCUGGCGGAGCAGGAACAGGUGCCGUGAAACCUGGAAAAAGUUAUGGUGCUGGUGGAGCGGGAGCUUUACCAAGUGGAGGUUUACGCUUUCCGAAUGGGGCUGGAGUGGGACAAGGAGGAAAACCAGGCAAAACAUAUGGAACUUUUGGAGCAGGAAACCAAGGUGGUGUUGGGCCUGGUGGCUACGGUGGUCCUGGAGGUGUUGGUGCUACACCCGGGGGAUAUGGCACAGGAUUAGGGGGUUACGGUACCGUACCAGGAGGUUAUGGUGCUGGACCUGGAAGUUAUGGGGCCAAGACAGGAAGCAAGGGUGUUGGUGGUGGUGUCGGUGGAGCUGGGACCCUUGGAGCUGGAGCUGCUGGAGUUGGUCCUGGGGGUUUAGGAGGCGGAGCACGUUAUGGUGCUGGUGCUGGUGGAGUGGGGGGAUAUAGCGGUUCAAGAUAUGGCGCUGGAAAACCGUCAAAAAGCUAUGGGGCAGGACCUGGGCAAGGUGGCUAUGGAGCUGGACUGGGUGGAGCUGGUUCAAGUCCAGGUCGUGUUGGAGCUGGGACAGGAGGUUAUGGACCCGGUGGUUUUGCCACACCUGGCAUUAAUGGGAAUGGUGGCAUAGGUCAAGGACAGGGUAUAAGGAAACCAAUGAAAUCUGGUUAUGGCUCACCCUCACUGGGUGGACCUGGCUAUGGCAAUGGUGGCUUUGGCCCAGGCAGUGCAGGCACAGGAACCGGUGGCUUUGGACCUGGCGGUGCUGGCACAGGAACCGGUGGCUUUGGACCAGGCGGUGCUGGCACAGGAAGAGGUGGCUUUGGACCAGGCGGUGCUGGCACAGGAACCGGUGGCUUUGGACCAGGCGGUGCUGGCACAGGAAAUGGUGGCUUUGGACCAGGCGGUGCUGGCACAGGAACCGGUGGCUUUGGACCAGGCGGUGCUGGCACAGGAAAUGGUGGCUUUGGACCAGGCAGCGCUGGCACAGGAAAUGGUGGCUUUGGACCAGGCAGCGCUGGCACAGGAAGAGGUGGCUUUGGACCAGGUGGUGCUGGUUUUGGACCGAGUGGUUCUGCUAAAGGAAGGGGAGGCGUCGUACCAGGGUUUACCGGCGUCGGACCAGGUGGCUAUGGACCUGGUGGUGCUGGCACCGGAACCGGUGGCCUUACACCUGGUAGUUUCAGACCUGGUGGUGCCGGUACAGGCGGGUUUAUACCAGGCAGUACUGGUACGGGAACAGGUGGAUUCCAUCCAGGCAGUGCUACCAAAGGUACUGGAGGCUUCAUACCAGGUGCUGGUGGUAUGGGAAAUGGUAGAUUUGGACCAGGAGGUGCUGGAACAGGCAGCUUUGGACAAGGUGGCUUUGGUCCAGGGGCUGCCGGUCCAGGAGCCGGUGGCAUUGGUCCAGGCGGUGCCCGCACAGCAAUAGGUGGCUUUGGACAAGGUGGCUUUGGACCAGGUGGCCAACAAUUUGGAAAAGUGAAACCACUUACACCUGGAGGUGCUGGUUCUGCUGGCGUUGGACUUGGUGGCUACGGCUCACGAGGAUAUGGCCCAUCUGGAACUGGGACAGGCUCUUUUGGUUAUGGGCCUGGUGGACAAGCACUUGGAACAGGGAAACCUGCUAAAUCAGGUUAUGGCUCGUCGCUAGGGGGAGCAGGAUAUGGACCAGGCGGAGCUGCAAUGGGUGUUCCAGGAGCAGGAACUGGAGGACUUCUUGGAGGAGGUCAAGGGGGGGCUCUCAAUAGCUUCGGUGGAGGAGCUGCUGGAGGCUAUCAAGGAUAUAUGGGGGCUGGACAGAAAUCGAGCGCCCAGAAAGCAGCAAAGUACGCAGCCAUGCAGAAUUUCCUGGGAGCUGGAGCCUACAGAGGCGCCGGCUGUCAAGGUAAAUACUGCGGCCGAAUGAGGAAGUGAGAGAGCGGCAGACAGGAUGUGACCUCAUUGCAACAACAGCGGUGCUAGACUGAUUCCAUAAUCCCAGGCUGUACACAACCUACCUUGCAUUGGAGCCAGAGCUUCGGAACAUCACUGAGAAAUCACCAGCUUAGCGCCGUGGUUCUCAACUUGUUGGCGUCAAGAUUCCUUUAUUGAAGGGAUCCUGACAUCCAUGCUGAGAACCGCUGGAAUGAGGACUAGAUAUUUCUUGUAUGAAGUAUUGCUAAUGUUAGCCUGAUACCAACUGGGCUCGGAGAGGAUGUGCUGAGGACUCGGUCUAACUUUGACACUGCUGAUGAGGAACUACACACACUCAAUGUGAGAUGAUAAUGUAACACACACUAAAUGUGAGGUACUACAACAACCGAGUGGCCUCCAUCCAUUCAUGUGUUUGUUUGCUGUCUACUGUGCAUCACUGUACUAGUCUUUAACUUAUACUGACAACCCAGCUCGUUAUCUAUUUAGUCAAGUGUUACAAUUGCGUAUUAUUUUGUGCUACGCUCUACAAGUUUCCUACAUGGUCGAUGAAUGUGUGUUUCAUCACAGUGCUGCGUGUGAACUUUUUUUUAGGGACUAAAUGAAUCUCAUCUUGCACUCAACUUGUGAUUUUCAUUGUUUCUAAUGAACAUAUGUUGCCAAUGGGCAAACACUUCCUGGUAGUGCUUUUCAAUAAAAGAA